GCCGCUCACAAUAGUCUUUCAUUCCAGCUCGUUCGGUGAAGUCGUUCGCUGAGCGGCCCUGCGCGUUUGUUGUUCUUGUUGCCGCUGCUGCUGUUAAUUGCCAAAGAAAAUACGACACUUUGCGCUGUGCGACGCGAUCGCAGAUGUCUCUCCGUUAGUUUGAUUGGUUUAGUUGGCCGGCCAAGCAGCGCUUCGGUUUCGAUAAGUCAGAAGAAGUCAAUGUGAGAGAAGGCCAGAAUCGUUUGGCUGUAUUAUUUACAUAUUUUUGUUGCGUUUUUUUUUGUUUGCUGUGCUGCGCCGUGCAAUUUAAUGUCAACACCAAAAUGCAAUUCGAAAGCAUUUAAGAAACGCCAAACGAAGUAUAAAUUUAUAAUAAGCGGAAAACACUGAAACGAGUUCGUGUUCGGAAUGGACCAGGACAUGGGUAUUGGAUUGGGCAUGGCAACGGGCAUUGUUCCGGACGCAGACAUGCUGAUGGAUGAACCGGCGGCCACGCAGUCGAUCUACCCGCAUUCGGCGACAUUAUUCGCGGCCAUUAGUGCCUGUGUGUUUGUGACGAUCGGCGUUCUUGGCAACCUGAUUACCCUGCUGGCGCUGCUUAAGAGUCCUACGAUACGGGAGCAUGCCACAACCGCAUUCGUCAUCUCGCUGAGCAUCUCCGACCUGCUCUUCUGCUCCUUUAGCCUGCCACUGACCGCAGUGCGAUUCUUCCAGGAGAGCUGGACUUUUGGGACCACGUUGUGCAAGAUCUUUCCGGUGAUCUUCUACGGCAAUGUGGCUGUUUCACUCCUCAGCAUGGUGGGCAUCACCCUGAACAGAUAUAUACUCAUCGCUUGCCAUAGCCGCUACUCGCAGAUAUACAAGCCCAAGUUCAUAACCCUGCAGCUGUUGUUCGUUUGGGCCGUGUCCUUUCUGCUGCUGCUGCCGCCCAUUCUGGGCAUCUGGGGCGAGAUGGGCCUGGACGAGGCCACCUUCUCGUGCACAAUACUCAAGAAGGAGGGGCGAUCGAUCAAGAAGACGCUCUUCGUGAUCGGCUUCCUGCUGCCCUGCCUGGUGAUCAUCGUCUCGUACUCGUGCAUCUACAUUACGGUGCUGCACCAGAAAAAGAAGAUCCGCAACCACGAUAACUUCCAGAUCGCGGCCAGUGCGGCGGCCAAGGGCUCGUCGUCAUCCGCCGGCGGAUCGUACAUGACCACCACAUGCACGCGAAAGGCGCGAGAGGACAAUCGACUGACUGUCAUGAUGGUCACCAUCUUUCUGUGCUUCCUCGUCUGCUUCUUGCCGCUCAUGCUGGCCAAUGUGGUGGACGACGAGCGCAAGACCUCUUACCCCUGGCUGCACAUCAUCGCCUCCGUGAUGGCCUGGGCUUCCAGUGUCAUCAACCCGAUCAUCUAUGCGGCCAGCAAUCGCAACUACAGAGUGGCCUACUACAAGAUCUUUGCGCUGCUCAAGUUCUGGGGCGAACCGCUGUCGCCGAUGCCAAGUAGAAACUAUCACCAAAGCAAGAACUCCAAGGAGCUGUCGGGCGUCAUCCGCAGCACGCCUCUCUUUCACGCUGUGCAGAAGAAUAGUAUUAACCAAAAGUGCCAAACAUAUUCAGUGUGAUCGAGAUCGCAGUCGAGUCUUUGUAUUAGAGCUUGUAGUUCAUAUCAAUUACCUACUUAUUACUUGUUAGUUCAUAAUUAUUUACGAUGUAUGGCCGUGCUUACAUCAAAGACAAUCGAAUUAAAUACAUAUACGUAGACCAA